GCGUCUGACGUCACUCCAGCGGGUCCGCCAGCCGAGGAGUGCAGUAGUGUGUGUACAUCGUCCGACGUUAAAACUUGCCUCCGCAGGCUGCAAUGAGUACUUAAGGAUACCGUAGUGUUUUCGUUCGCUUUGCUUACUAUGAAUUCGAAAUUACGUGCCCGAACAGUGUGAAGUGUGAAUGUGUUCGCCAUGUCGAGGAUAUCCAAAGCAUCAGUCGCCAAAGUUGACAGUAACCAAGUGGAGGUGAAGAGCAAGUUUGAUGCUGAGUUUCGUAGAUUUUCCAUCACAAAAGAUGAAGCUAGUCGCUAUGAGGACUUCAGAAUUCUUGUGGAGAAACUCCACAGGUUGUCAGAUGUCCCAUUCCUUAUCUCAUACACGGACCCAAGAGAUGGGGACCUUCUCCCUAUUAAUAACGACGACAACCUAGGAAGAGCUCUCUUAAAUGCAAGACCGCUUCUCAGAGUUAUCAUCCAGAGGAAAGGAGAGAGCAUAGAAGAAUUGAACGGCUAUGGCACGUUCCGUCCGCGCAACCUCAUUUCGUCCAUGUUUGGCGGCACGCCGGGCAAGUCAUCCAAGACGUACAUCCCCAUCUCCAACCCCCGAGAAUUCAGACAGGUGUCGGCCAUCAUCGACGUGGACCUGGUGCCCGAGACGUGUCGCCGCGUCAAGCUCAUCAAGUACGGGUCGGACCGGCCGCUGGGCUUCUACAUCCGGGACGGGACGAGUGUGCGCGUCACCUCCGCGGGCCUCGAGAAGGUGCCCAGCAUCUUCAUCUCGCGGCUCGUGCCCGGCGGGCUGGCGGAGAGCACGGGGCUGCUCGCCGUCAACGACGAGGUGUUGGAGGUGAACGGCAUCGAGGUGACGGGCAAGACGCUGGACCAGGUGACAGACAUGAUGCUAGCAAAUAGUUCAAAUCUUAUCAUUACGGUGAAGCCAGCCAAUCAGCGCUCUCUGGCUGCGCCGCGCAGAGGGUCCUUCUCGCGUAACUCUCAGCUGUCGUCCGGGUCCCACCAGUCGACCCACUCGGCGCUGUCGGCGCACUCGGCGGCCACCACUGGGUCGGACGAAGACCGCUUUGACCAGGACGAAAUCGUGGACUUUACAGGAGUGACACUGGACGAGUCUGGCCCCGUGCCCACACCCGCCGUCAACAACACGAGUGUAACGACCAUCAACACGACCGUCACCACCAUCGGAAGCAACAAAGAGGAGGCUGUUCUUCAUUUGUGAUUGAUUUUUGUUUGGCGUUUGGUCGAUCUACAAUGGACUCAGCCAGUGAAGUGCUCGAUUUGUGCUCUCUGUCCUUUAUUCUCCUCACCUUAGCUCUCCAGUUCUGAAAUUUUGUGUGGAAAAGCUGUGAGUUGGGUGUUUAUUUCAAUGCUCUUGCUGGGAUAGAAUAUAUUUUCCAGAGAUAGAACGCAGAUGAUCAAAUUGCUUUCAUUGAAGCUGAGUAAAUGGCAUCAGACCACUUGAAAGUUGAGUUGUAAUUGUUGUUAGAUGUAAUAAGUUCAACUUGGAUAAUUUUCUGCAAAGUACAUUUUAAUAAAUGCUCAUUUUCAGUGAUAUUGUUAUAAUUUUAAGUUAUUGUCUUUCUAUAGUUUUCCUUCUGUUUCUCCCUUCUGCAUUCUUUUCUGUUAAACUUUGAAUUCCGAUCAGUAUUCUAAAAGUAUUUCACCAUUUAUUUAUGACAGUCAUUAGUAAGCUAAUUUUAUUUCUAUUAGCUCAAUGUAGGGCUUGACUUUUUACUGGCUUGAUACUUUAACACAUUCCUUGCAACAAAAUAAGUUUGUCAUUCCAAUUAGUUUUGAGCCUGUGCUAGUUAAGAUAAGCAUAAAUUAUUUUUCAUGUCUUGCAUGUGUCUUGAACAGAUGUAUGUAGGUACAUUUUCUCAAACCGAAUUGGCUAGGAUUUUGUUAGUGCUUCCUUAGCACUUCCCAGAAAUGAAUUAAACUGUGUGUAACUGCCCUGAUUUCAGCAUUUUAAAAUAAUGAGUGAUUAUCAUAUGAAAUAGCUCUUUCUAAAGCAUUAUACAUAUGCCUAUCAAUACUUAUAAAUCAAGGAACUUGUCUACUUAUAUUUUUGUGUGUACAUAUUGUUAAAUGGAUAAUGAAUUUUUAUGCCUGUAUUCCUCAUUGCCUUGUGAUUAAUUUGUGUAGGUCUUCAAAGCAGGUUUUGUGUAAUUUAGCAGUACGUAAAUUUAUUAAGUACUACAUAUUAUGGUGCUCAGAAUGAAGGAUUGUUGUUACACUUUACUGUCACUCUACUUAAACAAGCACCUUUUGGUUCUGCUUUGUAUGUACCAAAGAGGGAAAACUUAUAUUUGAGUCAAGAGCAGCUAAAGCAUUGUACUUAUUAAGUUCUUAACCAUUAGAACAUAAAUAUAUACCUACAUGAUUUUGCACCUUUGGUAGGAUCAGAAAUGUGAUUAAAUCUUCAGGAAACGGGUGCUUCUCAAACAUUUUACCAUGGUGCACUUGUUGAAAGAUAUUUUGCAAUCAACUGGUAUUUUCCAUUGUUGUUUGUCUUCCGAGGUCUUUGGCUUACUAUUGGUUUCACAUUUUUGACAUCAGCAUUAUUUAACUAUUGUAUAUUGUUUUAUAUUUUUGAAAUCAAGUUGCAUUCCUGAGUGAACCUGUAGGAAUGGAUUUUUGUACAGUGACGUAGCCCCAUGUGAUGAAGAAUUCUUCAUCUCAUCUGUAAUUCUGUGAGAUUAAGUAUUUUUUAUUACACUUUUGUUGUACAUAGUACACUUUUAUCAGUUCUGCAUGCCCUUUCUCAAGUUUUUCUUUCACUUCAUCCCUCUUGACACAAUUUUGCCGUCAAUUUGGUUAUAAUGAAAUUGUGCAUUCCAUCAUUUUCCCCUCAUGACUGCCUUUCCAGAUUUGAGGUGAAUUAUUUGCCGUCUGAAUAAUCAUGAGCAUCUAGAUGUUAGUUGGUGAUUAAAUAUACUUAUAGAUUCUUUGCAUGUAUGUGGGAAUCACAUAUAACAAUGCGAUCUGGAAGGAUAAAUUGUGGGCUAGUAUUAGUAAAUUUCAACCUUUGAGUCAAAAUUGUCCCUCAUAUAUGAACCAUAAGGUCUGUCGUUUAUAACUUAUUUUAUAAUAUCAAUAUGAGUUUAAUUCCUAGUGCCUAGUGGUCUUGAACACAAUUUCUAACGAUUGGAUGAGUUUUGCCAAUCAAUAUCAUAAUUGUGUGCCUGAAACCAUAAGAAUACUUCUCUCUUUCUCUGUGACAAAUUUUUCUCAUGGAGUUUUACGCAAAUGCCCAUAUCAUUAUGUUAGUGUUUUAAUUUCUUUGGUGACUUUUCUCUUUGUGUUAAAAAGGAAUGGUCAAUAAUCAAAUAUUUGGAAAUGUUAAAAAAAAAAAAAUAUCAGCAAAAAAUUUACAAAGAGGUUGCAAUCAGCAGAUCAAAGUGUUAUUUCAAGUUUUCGCUUGUAGUGAGGAACUUUUUGACACCCCUUGACGUCCAAAUUUGCUCAUGCUGGAUAAAUUUAGAAUGGUAUUUUUGUGUUUCCGAUAGGGUUCCAAGUUUAAUGUUACUGUUCACAGUAUAUUGAUAGAUUUCUUACAGGCCCUGGAUGGUAUAAAAUAUUUCUAUGUUAAAUAGUGAAAGAGAGUUUAUAGUUCAUAAUGAUCUAUAUUUUUAAAUGAUUGUUUGAAUUGUUUAUUGUUGUUUUCUCAACAAGUACAGCACUAUUGAAGUAUGUAUAUGUAUUGGUGCACGAAGUGACUGAGAAUGUGUUUCAGAUGCCAUUUCAAAGUGGUUAUCUUGUUACUGAAUCAUUUUAUCUUUAAGGUAUUCUGGAAACGGUUUCAUUCCACUAAACCUCUUGUUAAUUAUCUUGCCAAAUCUUACUUUUUUUCUUUCUUUUUUUUAAAUAUAGCUGAAUAUAUUGACAUGCUCAGACUCAAGUGUCCUGUUAUGAUAAAUGCAACAAAAUUUCAAGUCACUGUUUUGAUGUUUCAUGAACUUUGAAUGUGUUGCUUUUGUUGUAUUGUUCUCAUUUAUGAUCUUUAAACUUUAUCAAAACACUAUAUUAUAAAUUCUGCCAAUGAAAUGUUUUGCUGUGUGUACUGUAUGUAUAGGGCCUUAUUGCCUUAAUGCUAGAACUGACAUAUUUUUUUAUGUUUGGAGUUAUGAGAACCUAUGAAUUGGUCCGUCCUAUUGCGUAUUACUCUUAGAUAAUAAAACAAGACUCCAAUCA